CAGAUCUCCCGAGUGUAACAUGUGUGCUAUGUGACUGUGAUGUAAACCCUUUGAUGAAUGUCCUUACUGCUUCUCUUUUUCCAAUAGAUCUAGCUGUCCUCGCUUUAACACCUACAUAACAAAGGCAACCAUGAGAAAAUGAAGUGUACUGAAUCACUCAGAAGGGGAAACUUUACAGAAUGCUAAUCCAGAGAUAAAGGCAAAUCCUUUUCAUUUGUCUUACGCCUAAUGUCUUCCAACAUUCAAGAAGGCCCAAAUUUGGCUAUGAAUGUGAGAUACAGCAAAGGUGCCCGAGAAGACAGCCGACAGAGAGAGGAGAGCCUUGUGGAAAUCCUCGACAAUGUGGACACAUUUCAUGUUUCAAAACAGGAUGGAGAGCAUCUUCCAGCUUCAAAAAGAACCCACUUCAGGGCUGCUGCAGCGGCUCUAGGUCUCCUGUUUGUCUUGAUUCUUGCCAGAGUCGUUUUCCAUUCCAGAGUCUAUAUUUCACUGACUUUGGAAAAAGAACAGCUGCAGAACAGAAUCGAGGAGCUGCAGGCCAGUAAUGACAUCCUGAGGAACAAUGACUGCUGGGAUAAGAAUAACCACACAGCAUGGAUGAAAUUUGGGUGCAGUUGUUACUACAAAUCUGCUGAGAUGAAAAACUGGACGGAGAGCAGGAGAGACUGUAAGGCCAGAGGAGCAGAUCUAGUGGUAAUAGGCAGCCACAACGAAAAGGAUUUUAUAAGUAAACUGAGUAAACCUGAAACUACCUGGAUCGGUCUGCAGGCAGUGAAAAAAAAAGCAGAUUGGGCUGAUAAAUGGAAAUGGAAUCCAGUGGACCAAUCACCACUGACAUACGGUGCCUGGAAGAACGGCGUUGAAGUGAACCCUGUGCACAGGGCUCUGUCCACAGCAUAUGUAGAUCUGGAAGGAACAUGGACACAAACCAACAAUGGUUCCAAAAGAUGGAUCUGUGAGAAACAGAUCUCCCGAGUGUAACAUGUGUGCUAUGUGACUGUGAUGUAAACCCUUUGAUGAAUGUCCUUACUCCUUCUCUUUUUCCAAUAGAUCUAGCUGUCCUCGCUUUAACACCUACAUAAUAAAGGCAACCAUGAGAAAAAAUACUAAACUAAAAAGUAUGCUAAAAAAUGUCAAAACGUUUUUCUUUCAAAUGAAAAAAGGUUCCAACAUUGUACCAUUGGUCGAUUUGGUUUAAUCCUAGCAGUAAUGCAAUUAUCAGGGUGUCACCAGAAUCACAGCAGGUCUGCCUUACAGUAGUCAGUUUUAGUAUUUUAUAGAACAAUCGAGUAUACUCCAGGUACCAAAAUAAGAAAGUAAUGUCACUUGAAAACUUUGUAACUUUUGGAUUGCCUCAAUAACAAAUCAGCAAAUAAAAACAGCAGAAAAUAAAUAUCAGGAAGAUGACUUAAACUUAAACUGAUGUUAAUAUGCUUUUUAGGAUAUAGUGAUACUCUAAGCUGUGUUGUUGUUUGGAGUGACCGCACAUUUUGAGUGACUAUCAAAAUAAAAGUUGGAGAUUCUUCCUCAAACCUUGUUGCAAAUGU